CACACACACACACACACACACACACACCCGCACUCACGAGCCGGCUCCGCUCUGCCGCGCCCCCACCCCACUGAGCGGGGCGAUCAGCACCGAGGACAGCGCCACCCGCCCGCGUGCGGGGGCGGGGUCCGGGAGGGGCCGGCGCCUCGGUGUCUCCUGCGAGGGUCCAGUCCAGCCGCCGAGCAGGGCUCUUGGGUGUCUCCGCAGAAAGGACCGUAAGACCCCGCCGUCAUGUUCUCGGAGCCUCCAACCCCAGGGCCUCCAGCGCCCGACGCGCCUCCUGACUCGAGUCGCAUCGGCCCUGCCCCGGUACCCCUCUGGGCCCUGGCCGCAAUCGUUCUGGUCUCAGGCCUCCUCGUGUUCGGCUGCUGUUUCUGUGUCUACCGGAAGCGUUGUCGGAGGCGGUUGGGCAAGAAGAGCCAGGCCCAAGCCCAGGUCCACCUUCAGGAAGUGAAGGAGCUGGGCAGGAGUUACAUAGACAAGGUGCAGCCAGAAGUGGAGGAGCUGGAGCCAGCACCAUCUGGGCCAGGGUCGCAGGUGGCUGAGAAGCAUGAGCUCGGACGACUGCAGUACUCACUGGAUUAUGAUUUCCAGAGCGGCCAGCUGCUGGUGGGCAUCGUUCAAGCUGAGGGAUUGGCAGCCUUGGACCUGGGGGGCUCCUCCGACCCCUACGUGCGGGUCUACCUGCUGCCAGACAAGAGGAGGCGGCAUGAGACCAAGGUGCAUCGGCAGACGCUGAACCCACACUUUGGGGAGAACUUUGCCUUCAAGGUCCCCUACGUGGAGCUGGGAGGCAGGGUACUGGUCAUGGCGGUGUACGACUUUGAUCGCUUCUCCCGCAACGAUGCCAUUGGGGAGGUGCGGGUCCCCAUGAGCUCCGUGGACCUGGGGCGGCCAGUGCUGGCCUGGCGCGAGCUGCAGGCUGCUCCGCGGGAGGAGCAGGAGAAACUCGGUGACAUCUGCUUCUCCCUCCGCUACGUCCCCACGGCCGGGAAGCUCACAGUCAUCGUCCUGGAGGCUAAGAACCUGAAGAAGAUGGACGUGGGAGGACUCUCAGAUCCGUACGUCAAGGUCCACCUGCUGCAGGGCGGCAAAAAGGUGCGGAAGAAGAAAACGACCAUCAAGAAGAACACUCUGAACCCUUAUUACAACGAGGCCUUCAGUUUCGAGGUGCCCUGUGACCAGGUGCAGAAGGUCCAGGUGGAGCUGACCGUGCUGGACUAUGACAAGCUGGGCAAGAAUGAGGCCAUUGGGAGGGUGGCUGUCGGGGCAGCGGUGGGGGGAGCUGGCCUGCGGCACUGGGCAGACAUGCUGGCCAACCCCCGGCGGCCCAUUGCCCAGUGGCACUCGCUGAGGCCCCCUGACCGAGUGAGGCCACUGCCUGCUCCCUGAUCCCCACCUCAAGCCCCUUGCCAAGCCUGGACUCGGCCCCUGACCUCAGACUCCUGGCCAAAACCACACCCAGGCCCACCUUUAAGCUUUCUCUGACCCCUAACCACCCCCACCCCACACCAACCCUUCCCAUUCCUGCCUUCCCAUCUCCCAUUAUGCCAAUCAUGGUGACUUGCCAGCUCUCCCACCAGCACACAUCCAGAAGCCCCAGGGACCCCUGGGGGAGGAGAGCAAUCUGGCCUCCCCCAACCCCUGCUCCCACUCUCUGCUUUGACAAUCAGUGACCCUGCCUUCUUCUCCCUUCGCUCCCAGCACCCCUCUUCCUGCACAGGAUCACCUGCUCCUGUCCCUAGUCGGACUCCUGCACCGCUCCUGGGACCAAAUAAAUACUCAGCAACUUUGGUGACCUGACCUGGUCAAUUUGAGUCGACCCAGACUUACCCAUCCCAGAAAAGUGGAUCGUCCAAGGCCCCGCCCCCAACACCCCCAGCUCCGCCCCUUCUCCUUCGCCGUCGUCAUGACAACCGCGUCCACAGCCCUUCACUCCCGCGAGCGCUCCCAUUGGCCAA